GAAAUUAUUAUCACGUCCAAACCCAAACCUAAUCAGUCAAGUCGUUUCACAUCUCUUCCUCUUCGAUUCAACUGAGCGCUGAUGCGGUGGAGGCGAUUAAGAUCUGUAACGGUGAGGUUACCUCUUUAAUGUCUUUAAUUCACUUCAAUUCGGUGAUAUUCGUCUGUGUAUUCCUAUAUAUAUACGCAUAUACUUCUCACAGUCGGUUUCGCUUUACAAUCUCAGCUUUCACGUCUCUCUCAUCUUCUGUUUGUGUUUAUCUCUAUCUAUGGCUAAUUCAAUCGUUUUUUUCUCUGAUCUGAAAUCCGGCCGUUGCACGUCUGUUGUGGAGGCCAGAUUGCUCCGUUUCUGGGAGGCUCGGAACGUCAAGCGUGGUGGUGAGCUCAUGUGGAUGGACUUACUCAUGGUUGAUGUCAAUGGGACCAUGAUGCAAGCUACCAUCAGUGCUGGACGUCUGCCAGAGUACCGGGGAAGACUCAUUGCCGGAUCAAUGUUCACACUUUCCGGAUUUGAUGUCUCCAGAGCAGCACAAAACUUCAGGCUCACAGAUUCGUCGUUGAUGAUCCGUUUCAGCGAUAUGACCUCCUUUAAGGAGCUACCUGCGCCGGUCUCACCUUUGCCAGAGGAAGCGUUCAGGUUUCGUAACCAGUCGGAGCUGGUUGGGCUAGCUAAUACGAGCACCCAGUUACCAGACGUUGUAGGUGAGAUACUUUGUGUGAAAAGCACAGUUAGUGAUCCUCCAGAGGAGAAGAACAGAGUCAUGGUGACUAUGAAGCUGGAUAGUGACGAGACCAUCACUUUGAGCUUAUUUGAUUCGCAAGCUGUUGCUUUCCACAAGCAACUUGAGGCCAUGCAGGUUGAUCCGAAGGUCAUGGUUGCUACUAGCAUCAACCCGAAGAUGGUUGGAGGGCGGCUGUUUCUCAAUGCAACGUCGGGCACCCAUGUGUAUUUUGAUAAGGCGACAAGAGCAGGAGAAGUCCUGUUCUACCAGUUGGUCACUCGAGAUACUGGACUGCCGUCAGUCGCUCCGCUAUUAAGAUCGUAUGCGAAGGUGGAGACGAUGUCCAUUGCCGAGCUUACCAGUUUCAUCGUUUCAGCUGCAACCCAGGAGAUUGAUUUUUUGUGCACUGGAAGGGUUGUUCACGUAGACGCAGGGCGGGGGUGGUGCUAUGUUGCCUGCUCGAAAUGCAGUAAGAAACUGGAACGGUCUGCUUCUGCGUUUACAUGUGUUAGAUGCAACAAUUCACAUGCUGUUGGGGCCCUUCGUUACCGCGUGGAGAUGGCAAUAUGUGAUGAUACUGGAGAAGCAACCUUUGUUUGGUUCGAUGGUGUGAUGGCGAAAUUGCAUAGUCUCAGGGCAAGUGAAGCUGCGCAGAUGCUGGCUGAGGACGGGGUGAACCCUGAAGACACUGGCCUUCCUCCCUUCAUUGCAGAGAUGGAGGGUAAAACGUACACUUUCCAAGUGAGAGUCACUGCGUUUAAUUUCACCGAGCAUCACAGGACCUUCACCAUAACACGAGUUGCUGAGGAGCAUGGUCGUCUGCCAGUCGAUGCCGUGAUCAAUAAUGGAGGUAAUGAUGACGAGGACGAUGAUGAUCCGUCUGACGAGACUGGGGGUAAAGCUCCUGAUGGUGAUGAGGAUGCUGGCGAUUCAGCGUCUGCUGGUGGUACGGGUUCGUCCGGCAAGGCGCGUAGGAACACUGGUGCAGGACCCUCCGAGGGUGUGAAGAAGUCACGUGUUGUCUGAGAUGUAUGAGCUCCUAAUAAGGCUCAUAUUAUUAUUAUUAUUAUUAUGGAUGUUUGUUUGAAAUUCCCGCGGAUUCGGAUAUUUUAUUGGGUCAUCCCCGUUAAUGCAUUUCAGUUUGAACUUUAAU